AUGUCACUUAUAUAUGUAAUUGUGUUUAGAGAAAAGCGCCCAUUUCGGUUUGUCUAUGAAGCUGAACAAUCCGUUAACAACAUUGCCUUCGGCAUCUAUGUGUGCUGCCUUAUGACGUUCCAUAGUAAGGGGCUAGCCUGGCUGGGUUACAAGUCAGAAUUCAUAGAGAACAAGAGCGCUACCGAUUGCAAAGCCUAUCGCUUCCUCUACGGUUUCAUCCUAACCUGCAUGGCCAACACAAACUUUAUGAAUAUGUAUGACAGGGCAAUCACGGUCAGAUGCAAGUGUUACGCCCCCAUUACCAAGUCUAGUUACAUUCUCACACUGAAUGUACUCACUAUCAGCUCAGUCGUUCUCUCCCUUCCCAUAUACAUAGUCAGCGGUCACUGGGUAAUCGAUGGCCGUAUUGUCUGCAGCGCAGACCCCGGCUGGUCAAGACUCACCUUGACAAUCUUAGCUGUGCACGAUGUCAUGUUCGUCUGCGGCCUGAUGCAGUCAAUUGGGACGCUCAUCCUCAUCUUCUCGAUGGCCCGAGAUCUGGGAAAAAUGGACAACACUAUAGACUUCCUCCAAACUGCCACCCUGUCCAACCAGGUGCGAGCUACUACCACUGAUGCGGCCAGACUCCUUCGCGUGGCUCAGCGCGACUGCUGGGCCUCGCUUGCGUACAACGGCAUCGCGGCCCUAAUUGCCUGUCUCCGCUCCAUCUGUCGUGCCAACUUCUAUUACACCAUCCUCUGCGACUUUGAAGACAACCGCUCACCAGUAGGAGUAGUCGAAGUCUACGCCUUCGACGCUGCCGAGGAUAUAACCAAGCUCAUGACAAUUGUACUAGCCGGACUUCACUAUUCAAUUUACUUUUACCAUAUUCCAGGCGCGCGAUUGUGGGUAAUUGGGGGCAAAGAUGGGGAGAGCAAGGAACUGCAAGCGAUGCGAGAACACCUUCCAGAAAACGUGACACUUGAUAACAUCAUCAGUGCCUUUAAUCAGUGCGUGCACCAAGCAAAGAAGAGCAAUAAGUCAGCACACAAAAAUCUGUCCAUAUUCAAGUAA